AUGGAUAACGAAGCAACGCAUGAUAAAUCAAUUGACCAUGAAGACAUUGUUUGUUCGAUAACACAAGAAGUUUUUCGUGAUCCUGUUAGAGCAACUGAUGGCUUCGCUUAUGAGCUCGAUGCAAUCACCAGAUGGAUCUUUCAGAAUGAUACGAGUCCACUUACUCGACAACCAUUAAGAAUUGAUGAACUGCAACCUGACAAUAAACUUAGGCGUCUUGCCCGUCGUCGACGACAUUCAACAGUGAGUUAUGAUGCACGUACUGAUACUGUUUCUUUACCACCUAUUCGACGAGUGCCAAGGCCUAUUACCCAGGUCGUCCCAAUACAGACAAAUUCAGUCACUAUAAGAGCGUCAUGCUCAAAAAAUCGUAAACUUCAAGUCGCAUUGAUUAUCAUUGCGAUUUUUGUUAUCACUGUUUCAGUCCUUGAAAUGUCUCUAGAUAUGCAAUCAUUGUUUUCCACUUAUAGAACUAAGUUAAUAACUGCAGUCACAAUAUAG